GACUGACCAUUUUAAGAUGUUCUUAACAUUGUUGAUUAUAUCUUAACUGUUCAUUAAAUUUACCAAUUACCAAAUGGUUUUAAAUAAAAUUAUAGCGCCUAGUCGAUUUUUGUAAUGUCGCUGUAAAAUAACUGUUCAAAAAUCCGCCUAUUGUCAUAUUACAGUUAUUUUUUUCACUCUUGCAAGUUGCAAGUUUCACAAUUUUGAAGGGUAAAAAAAGCCAAAGGAACAAAAACACAAUGUUUACAGCUUUCAAACAAUGACGGAGGGCAUGAAUUCAAAUUUAUCAGAAAUGUAUAGUCAUGCAGCCACGACAUAUGUGACAGAUCCAAUGCAAAAGAAACUAUUGUUUAAUGCUAUUGAAACAAGGCCUUCUGUAAAGAAGAAGAUUGAUUGGAUCCAUAAAUGGUUGACCAAUAUUAAAGCAUCAUUUGAAAAACGACUCGUUGUGAUUGUUGCAGCAGAAAAAAUAUUAUUUUCUGGAAAUCUAGCAGCUUUAUCGUCAAUGGAGAAAAAAAGUCCAACACCUAGUGUUAAAUUAGUCAACGAAACAGUUUUUAAAGAAGAGAAUUUACACCACAAUCGUACGUUGGAUUUAUUUAAAAAACUGACCAAGAAACCAUCUCAAAAUGUUAUUAUCAGUAUUAUUCGAGAAGCCAUAGCUAUUGAAAAAGAUUUUUUGGCAACUUCAACAAUCGACAAGAAAUAUGAAGAAAUUAGUGUUGAACAAGUUGCCGAUCAAUUAUUAGUGGAAUUAGGAUGUCCUAAGAUAUUUAAUUCAGCCAAUUCUAACUUGGGCUCGCCACAAAUAGAAACAAGUGUUUUUGGAUCAACUGUAAUCAAUAACCGAAGCGUGUCAGCUUCUAAAAUAAACAAGUGUCCAAGGAGUAGAAAGCCUAGAAGAGGAGCUAGAAUUAUCCAGAGAGCAUCUAUUUCUAGCUUACGUAAUAUUAAUCUAAAAAAAACAUUUCGUAACAAGAGAACUCGAUUAUUAUCCUAUUUACCUGUUGAUAAAACACCCAAAACUAUAAUACGGUUAAAAAAGAGCAAAUAAAAUAUAUUUAUUAUU